AUGCAUUCAGUUGGAAUAUUGUCCUUCUUCUGCCUGCUCUUUCCUGCUCUGGUGCUCAGUAAUGCUGUUCCACGGAUAACUGUCCCAUACCAGGAUGGCACUAUCAAACUGUUCAAAGAGGAGGGGACCUUUAACUACACAACUUUUUUGCUACGGGAGGACUUGGGUUUGCUGAUCUUGGGGGCACGAGAUGCUGUUUACGCCCUUGACUUGAAUGAUAUUUCCACCAAGAAAUCUGAGGUUCACUGGAAUGUCAUAGAGAGUAACAGGAUACUAUGCUCAUAUAAGGGAAAGAAUUUUGAAACUGACUGCCGGAACUACAUUCGAGUCCUGCAUAAAAUGGAUGAUGGCAGAAUGUAUGUUUGUGGAACCAAUGCAUACAGUCCCACCUGUGGUUACAUGACAUAUUCUGAAGGACAACUGAAACUGGGGGAAAAAUUUGAAGAUGGCAAAGCAAAAUGUCCCUUUGAUCCAUUCAUGAGAGCCUCCUCUGUGAUGCUUGAUGGGUACUUGUAUUCGGGCACCUCCACCAACUUCAUGGGCUACGAUCUUGCUUUUAUGCGCUUCUCCCUCAACACAUUCCAAAGGAAACCCUCAGUGCGCACUACUGAAUCAAUAAGUGCGCUUAAUGAACCCAUCUUUGUCCACAUGGAUGUGGUCCGGGAGAGUGAGAACAGCUCUGAUGGGGACGAUGAUAAGGUCUACAUGUUCUUCAGUGAGAACGCUGUGGAGUACGACUUCCCCAGUAAACUGAUGGUGUCACGUGUUGCCCGUGUCUGCAAGGGAGACUUGGGUGGUCAUCGGUUGCUUUACAAGAGGUGGACAUCAUUCUUGAAAGCCCGCCUAGACUGUCCUGUCCCGGGUUCUGGCCUGCCCUACGUCGUGCAAGAUGUCUUCUUUCUGCAGCACACUGACUGGAGAAAAAGUAUCUUUUAUGCUGUGUUCACUCCACAGUCGGGCUCUACAGGUAUGUCAGCAGUAUGUGCAUACAGUGUAUCAGCCAUUGGAGACGUAUUCACCAAAGGGACUUACAAGACACCAGUCAAAGACACCUAUCCCGUGAAGUGGCAGACUUUCCAAGGAAAAUUACCUAACCCCCGACCUGGAGCUUGCAUCAAUAACGUGGCAAAGGAUUUGGGCAUAGACAACUCUCUGAACCUGCCAGACAAGACCCUGCAGUUUGUCUGGGACCACCCGCUCAUGGACGAGGUUGUGCAGCCUCUGAAUAGGAAACCAUUGCUGGUGAAGAAGGGGUCCAUGUUCACUCGCAUUGUAGUGGACCAUGUGACAGCACUGGAUGGGCAGAGCUAUGAUGUCAUGUUCAUCGGCACAGAGAACGGCUUUGUGCAGAAAGCUGUGAGCUAUGAUGGCGAGAUGGUGAUCAUUGAAGAGGUGCAGCUGUUCCAGUCCCCAGAGCCUGUGAAAAUCCUGCGUCUCUCCUCCAACACGAGCCAGCUGUAUGCAGGAUCUGAGACUGGCGCUGUGCAGUUGGCGCUGAGUGAGUGUGGUCGCUACACCUCCUGUCUGGACUGUGUCCUCGCCAGAGACCCCUACUGUGCCUGGGACUCCACUGCUGCUGCCUGCACUGCUCUGUCCAGCCCACGCUCAACCUCAAACACGGACCUGAUUCAGAGUGUGAAAGAAGGGAAUGCUUUCCUGUGUCCAAACCCAGCGAUUGUGAAACCUGAAAACUACACACUGAUCCCAGGGAACAAUAUCAACCUUCGGUGCCAGCCCGACAUCAACCUGGCUCAAAUGCACUGGUACUUCAAUGACCAGCCACUCAACAUCUCAGACACCAAGUACUUCUUGUAUAGCGAAGGCAUGAUGAUCCUGGAUGCCUCUGCUGCCGAUGAAGGCCAGUACAUCUGCCAGGCCGUAGAGCAGGUGAAAGGCCAACAGUACCUCAGAACUGUGGCAGCGUACCACCUGCAGCUCAGCAGCAAGGCCACCCUUCUGCAGGGAAAUGUAAUGCCUUGGCAGGUGUCAGUGACUGUGCUAUCAAUAAUGAUGUUUCUUCUCCUUGUGUUUACUGUGUACCAAAGACACCACUCUUCCCUGGAGGAGCUGUGUAAGUAA